AUGAACGAGAAGCUUUUGGAAAAUCUCGGACAAUCGCUUAUCGAUCAGGACCUCGAUUGGUGUUAUACACUUGAUACCGUAGGCGGUUCUACUCGUCCACUAUCGGUGCUCUAUGAUUCUUUGGUGCGACCAGGAGCUGAUCUGGGAGCGCAAAUCUCAUCGAGAUUAUCUUGGCAAACGGAUGAGAUGAGGCGUAUUCCUCAUCUGGUUCUAGGUGAAACUCCAGUCGGUGGAAGUUGGAACAAUUACGAUCAAGAGAUGCUUGCUGUCUCUUUUUCCUCGUGGUUGGAUUUACCGGGCUUCUCAAUCUCUGACUGGCUUCAGGGAACGCCACUUGUGCCAAGACUUCCGUCCGUUGCGAUUGUUGAGUACAUGAAGUCUUAUGUGAAGGAAAUGGGUCUCAGCAAGAACAUUAUACCUCAUACGAAAGUAACCUCUGUCAAGCUGCCAACGCAUAAUCCUACGUUGCCGAUAGUUUAUGGCAUUUCAAAUAUGCGAUCACGACUGGAGGACAGCAGUAUUGAAGCAAGUGCAAGCGAUGCCCGUGUUGUGGUGAUUGGGGAUGGAAUCUCAUCGGCUGACGCUGUACGGCUUUGCUUGGAACACGAAAUACCGGUAUUGCAUGUUAUGCGACGAACAGAGCGUCAACUGCGAAACACGGUUCUAUCUCGCUUGUCACCAUUACACUAUGGUGAAUACCAUUCGAUUUAUCGACUAAUGAUUGGAAGAGAUACACAUCCACUGUAUGAGAUGAGUUAUGCGUCGUCUGUAGUCGAUGUCGACCAGAAGUCAGUGAUCACGAUAACGACACCAAAAGGAAAUCGAUAUAAGACGGGAGAUCUAUGGACUGUCUCAGGAAAACGAAAAGAUGGGCUUGGCUUCAGCUACACUGCAAAGCAUGUUGUAUUAGCGUGCGGGAAGACGAAAAAUAGGAAGCUUGAGCUGCCAACGCAUAAUCCUACGUUGCCGAUAGUUUAUGGCAUUUCAAAUAUGCGAUCACGACUGGAGGACAGCAGUAUUGAAGCAAGACACAGUUCUAUCUCGCUUGAGAAGUGCUCAAUGCUAGUGGUGUGCAUCGGGCGAGUGAGCGAUUUGGAAGGUUUACUCACCGAGAAAUAUACCUUCACUGGAUAUCAAUCAGAAGAGGACCCGACGUUAUUGUGUGCCGGAUCGUUUGCUGGCGACCACUUUGUCCGUUACGUCGUCGGUGGAUGCCUAGAAGUGGCGAGAUUGCUUACCGAUUACUAUAAAGACACUAAUAAUAAUGAUACUUAA